GCGAUGCAUACCCACACAUGCAUUGGGUGCUAUUGCUCUAAUCACAGGAUCUGUGUGCAUGUGCCUUUGGCUGCAGCACAACAGUGAGGAUAUGUAGCUUCCUGUGUGCUGCUGGCAGCGCAGGCUCAUUCUGCCGCAUGUUUCUUAGCGCCACCAUUACGCAGAGGAAUUCCCUACUGUGUCUGCUACUGCUGCUCACACAGAGUGUGAGUGGAGGUUAGAGGGAGGAAAGGAAAAGGAAAGCAAAAGGAGGCAUGCUGCAAAGCGACACUGACAGAUAGAGGACGGAGCUGGAUUUCCAUUUGGAUUUUACAUGAAAAUGUGCAGCGUUUUUUUACGUGGAAACCACUUUUUGUGGGAUUUACGGCUGACCUUUGUGCUAUGAGACUGAGCACAUAUGUAAGAAAGAACAUUCUGUAUUUAUGUGUGAGUGAAAGCGUGUGUGCGCGGUGAGUGUUUGUUCCUGAUGCGGUCAGAACGGGCUAGUCGUGUGUGCAUUGUGGUGCUGGAGGAGGUGGAGGAGGAUGAGCCCUCUUCAUCAUCAUCCCCACCUCCUCAGCACAAAUCAUCUCCUGAACCCAGAUCCCAUCCUUCCUCUCGAAGGACCGCUGCUCAGGAUGACAAGCCAUCUCUGUUGAAAGCUAUCUUUAACGUGGACCCAGAUGAAGUUCGCUCUCUCAUAUACAACAAAGAGGAUGUAAACAUUCAGGACAAUGAGAAGCGCACUCCGCUGCAUGCUGCAGCCUACCUGGGAGAUGCUGAGAUCAUUGAACUACUCAUCCUCUCAGGAGCCCGAGUUAAUGCCAAAGACAACAAGUGGUUGACUCCCCUUCACCGAGCUGUGGCUUCUUGUAGUGAGGAUGCGGUGGCAGUGUUACUAAAGCACAGCGCAGAUGUAAACGCUCGGGACAAGAACUGGCAGACACCACUCCACGUGGCAGCUAACAACAAGGCAGUUCGUUGUGCUGAGGCGUUGGUCCCGCAGUUAAGCAAUGUCAAUGUAUCGGACAGGGCAGGGCGCACCGCCCUGCACCACGCUGCCUUUAGCGGACAUAUUGAGAUGGUGAAGUUGCUGCUUUCCAGAGGAGCUAAUAUAAAUGCAUUUGACAAAAAAGACAGGAGAGCUAUCCACUGGGCAGCCUACAUGGGUCACCUGGAGGUUGUGAAGUUCCUGGUGGACAGCGGUGCUGAGAUUGACUGUAAGGACAAGAAGGCCUACACACCCCUCCAUGCAGCUGCAUCCAGCGGCAUGAGCAGCACAGUGCACUACCUGCUGAGUCUGGGCGUCCAUGUAAACGAGGUGAAUGCAUUCGGCAACACACCACUCCAUUUGGCCUGUUACAAUGGACAGGAUGUUGUGGUUAGUGAGCUCAUCGACGCGGGAGCAAAUGUCAACCACGUGAAUGAGAGGGGAUUUUCUGCACUCCACUUUGCUUCCUCCUCCCGCCAAGGUACGCCCUGCCAGGAGCUGUUGCUGGCCAACGGAGCACGUAUGAAUUUGCAGAGUAAAGAUGGCAAGACUCCCCUUCACAUGGCAGCUACACAUGGAAGGUCCUCCUGUUCUCAGACCCUCAUCCAAAAUGGAGCUGAUAUCGACUGCGAAGACAAGAGCAGAAACACUGCCCUUCACAUUGCUGCCCGCUAUGGCCAUGAUCUCAUCAUCUCAGCACUCGUCAGACAAGGAGCCAACACUGCCAAGAGAGGUAUUCAUGGGAUGUUCCCGCUGCACCUGGCAGCUCUCAGCGGCUUCUCAGAUAGCUGCAGGAAGCUGCUGUCUACAGGUUUUGUCAUAGACACACCUGACGACUUUGGAAGGACCUGUCUACAUGCUGCUGCAGCCGGAGGGAAUCUGGAGUGUUUGAACUUGCUAUUAAAAGUAGGAGCAGACUUUAACAGGAAAGACAACUUUGGAAGGGCUCCACUGCACUAUGCAUCAGCCAACUGUAACUACCAGUGUGUGUUUGCUUUGGUGGGCUCUGGAGCAAGUGUUAAUGAGCUGGACCAGAGAGGCUGCAGCCCCCUGCACUACGCUGCCGCUGCCGACACAGAUGGAAAAUGUGUGGAGUACUUACUGAGGAAUGAUGCUGACCCGGGGGUGAGAGACAAACAGGGUUACAGUGCAGUACAUUACGCCUCAGCCUAUGGACGGACACUCUGCCUGGAACUGAUCGCAAGUGAGACACCUUUUGAUGUGUUAAUGGAGACAUCAGGAACAGACACACUGAGGGAUUCAGAUACCCAGGCUCCGCUCAGUCCACUCCAUCUGGCUGCCUACCAUGGACACUGUGGAGCAUUAGAAGUCCUCUUGUCAUCCCUAUUGGAUGUGGAUGUCCGUAACCCAGAGGGACGGACCCCCCUCAGUCUGUCUAGCUCCAGGGGGCAUCAGGAAUGUGUGUCCAUGCUGCUGCACCACGGUGCCUCCCCCAUGACUCGUGACUACAUACACAAAAAGACAGCCUUACAUGCUGCAGCUAUGAACGGCCACACGGAGUGCCUGCACCUGCUCAUGAGCAACAAUGACUUGAACAUUAAUGUGGACGCACAAGACAUCAAUGGACAGACCCCUCUGAUGUUGGCAGUGCUGAGCGGCUACACGGAGUCCGUCUACUCUCUGCUCAGUCAAGGAGCCAGCGUGGAGACUCAGGACCGCUGGGGCAGGACAGCACUGCACCGAGGGGCUGUGACGGGCCAGGAGGAGUGUGUGGAGACUCUACUCCAGAAGGGGGCCAGUGUGUGCGGGAAAGACAUCCGGGGCCGCACCCCACUACACCUGGCAUCGGCCUGCGGCCACGCUGGCGUCCUGGGCACCCUGCUGCAGGCCAGCAACGCUUCUCACGCUCACACCAACCUCACCGACAGCCAGGGCUACACACCUCUGCACUGGGCCUGCUACAACGGAUACGAUGCGUGCGUGGAGAUAUUGCUAGACCAUGAGGUGUUCAGGAAGAUUAAAGGAAACUCAUUCAGUCCGCUGCAUUGUGCUGUAAUGAAUGAUAAUGAGGGAGUGGCUGAGAUGUUAAUUGACUCCCUGGGUGCAAAUAUUGUCAACACCACUGACACCAAAGGAAGGACCCCACUUCAUGCUGCGGCGUUUUCUGACCAUGUGGAGUGUCUUUCCCUUCUGUUGAGCCACGGAGCUCAGACAAAUGUUGCAGACACACACAUGCACCGGACCCCGCUAAUGAUUGCAGCUCUACACGGACAGACCAACGCAGUGGAGGCCCUGGUGAGCAGUGGUAGAGCAGAUUUGUCUCAGCAGGACAUGGCCAGGAACACUGCUCUGCAUCUAGCAUGUAGCAAGGCUCAUGAAACAAGUGCCUUGUUGAUUCUGGAGAAAACCAGUGACAAGAACCUCAUUAAUUGCACCAACGCUGGACUUCAGACGCCGUUGCACAUAGCAGCCAGGAAGGGCCUGACGGUCGUGGUUCAGGAGCUAAUAGGGAAAGGAGCCAGUGUGUUGGCAGUGGACGAGAACGGUUACACUCCAGCUCUGGCCUGCGCUCCCAACCGUGAUGUGGCCGACUGCUUGGCCCUCAUCCUCCACUCAAUGAUGCCCGCCUCCCCUAUGGUCACCAUAGCAACUAUACCCGCUCUGUCUCUCACUCAGACGGUCGUCAACCACCACCCAACUUCCAAUCACAAUUCCAAAGGUGUGGCCUUUGAUACUCCACCCCCGCUGAGACCUGAUCACAUGACGUACUGCAGGCCGGAGCGGCCGCUAUCUUCUGUCUCUGCGGACGACGAACUGAACGACUCUGACUCGGAGACGUAUUGAAGACAAUUGGACGGAGCCCCAUAAUGCUGACAGUCCAGCCAGCCACUCAGGAGCCUUAAAUAAAAGACAAGAGACUAAAAGAUGGAGAAAUAGAGCAGAUUAUUUUUAGGUAAGCUUCUUCAAAUCUAAAAAUAGUCUUUGUAUAAACCUGAUAUUUGCUUUCUUAAGGUGAAAAUCUGUGUUUAAAUAAAACAAAGAAAAUCCCACACUGCAACACAGACCAACGUACACACACACACACACACACACACACACACACACACACACACACACACAGACACAGACCAACGUACACAUACAUAUACACACACACAUACACACACUUUUUCCAGGCAGCAUUGUUUGUUCAGUAUUAUGGCCAGUAUGUUUUAGGAUUUAAAACAGUUUUCUUUUAGGAAUUAAGCUCCAAAUGUUCGUGGAAACUAUUUAAAGGAGUUAAGCAUUUUCAGAGGUUUAUUUCUAAUUUAUUAGACAAGCAUCUAGUGAAGCAGGGGACUGCUUUUUUAAAGCAUGAUUUUUCUAAAGAAACAGGUGGAAAGUUUUAUGGGACCAGCUAAUCAAGUUGUUGUUUUUUUCCCCUCCUGUACUUGAGUUUUUUUAUAAACUGAGUUUUUCUUUGAGCUGUGACGGCAGACGUCAAUGACUGUCAAUCACAGACGUCGGUGUUGCUGAGCGGGAGCCGUCUUUACUCGAGAAAGUAGUGGUUGAAUCCUACAUAUUUAUUCCAAGUGGAGACAGAGCCGGUUCUGUCAGCAGGCGGACGUAAAACCCAGUUACUGUACGGAUGGUUCCAGUGUCAGUGAACCGACAACCUGGAGGAGCAACUCAUGAACUUAACCUGUGACGCUGUAACUACACAACCCAUUUCCAGAAAGUACGCUUUUUUGGUUUUUCUAAAAUGCAACAUAAACUUAAAUCUGUCUCUUUUUUUUUUAUUAAUUGUAAUCUUUAGCAGAUGCAAGUGUAGGGAAAUGAUUUGCAGUGUCUUCUCUGACCAACUUUGUAUUUAACAAAUACAAUCAAACCUAGCAUUUGAUGGCACAAUCUACUGUCCGGUUGCCACCGGGCAGGAGGUCUAAUGAAAACAGGGUAGCGGUGUCUCUGGUAGGGGCUCGUGUCCAGGUAACCUGGCUGCUUCUCUGCGCAGAGCUGAUCUAUGGCUUCCUCGCUGCCUCGCCGAGCUUCAGGUUACAUAUCUGGAUGCAGUAGGAGAUUAUGAUGAGUAACAAUGGUUUCCAAGGUACCGCUGACACCACAAGGAUAUAUUUAUCACAGUAACAUCAAGUUUCUCAUGCAGUUUCUCCUGAGGGCUCCAACAUCACACGCUCCUCACACUCCCUGAAUCGUUUCACAGUAGUAUGCUUUGUAAAUGUAUACAUUUAUUUUUUUAGUUUAGCACCAAGUGAUGAGUCACGGACCAUCUUACCUCAGAAUGACUAAGCCUUUGAUGGAUGAGCCUUAUUAACAGCCUCAACUUUUAUUUAUAGUAUUCAAUUUUGCUUUAAUUUCUACAUGACGUUGGUCACUGAUGACAUUGAAAACUAUUUUCUUUGUUCUUAUCUCUAAAAAAAAAAAAGAAGACCUUCUGCAGAGGUAAAUGAGAAGUAUUGUACGAGUGUUUGAACAGAUGAACGUUUAAAAGGCAUCAUAAAAACACUAAACAUUUACCAAACAGUUUAAUAAAUUAGAUUGAAGUUUUUGAUGCAUUUUAGAAAACUUCCCAACUUUAAUUGAAGAUGGGAUAAUGGUGACACUGUGAAUGCAUUUGUAUUUUUGUGUGUGUGUGUGUGUGUGCUAGUGUGCGUGCGCUUGUGUGUGAGUGAGUGAGAAAGAGAGAGAGAUAAAGACAUUAAAUAUUGCCUUUUUAGGAAUAUGCAAAUUUCAUGCAGAGCUGGAUGCUACCAUGUGCAAUGUUUGUAAAGACUAAGUAAGUGAUGAAUAAAGAGAUUUGUUUUUCACCUA